CAUGGUUCCCUUGUUUUGAACCUGAAAAGCGUGCUAAGUGUUUCUUUAACUUCACUGCGCACGAAGAUGCUCUCCCGACACCGAGUGACUGGAAAACAUUAAUAAGGGACGAUGGCUCAGGCCGCGGAAACGUGUGCUGAAUCUGGACGCAGGCUGCGCUCCAUCUGUAGGAGGAUGUAUGAUGAAAAUGAGGAUUUGUCCGAUGUAGAGGAAAUUGCAAACAUCAGAGGAUUCAGUGUGGAGGAGAAGCUUGUGAGUGACAGUUACAGCGCCAAAUUUGUCCUCUGCAUGGAGGGUAAAGACUUCUCUUAUGAAUAUGUGCAAAGGGAGGCUCUCAGGACCCCGCUCAUAUUUAAAGAGAAAGAUGGACUGGGGAUCAGAAUGCCGGAUCCUGAAUUUACAGUCAGUGAAGUUAAAGGCUUAGUUGGCAGUCGUCGGUCAGUGGAUGUCAUGGACGUAAGCACUCAGAAAGGCUCUGAAAUGAGCAUGGCUCAGUUUGUCCGUUAUUAUGAAACACCCGAGGAAGAGCGGGACAAACUCUUCAAUGUCAUCAGCUUAGAGUUCAGCCACACGAAGCUGGAGAACCUCAUCAAGCGCCCCACAGUGGUGGAUCAAGUGGACUGGGUGGACAACAUGUGGCCUCCUGAUCUGAAACACAGCCAAACAGAAGCCACUAAUGUAAUCUCAGACAUGAAGUACCCUAAAGUCCAAAGGUAUUGUUUGAUGAGUGUGAAGGGCUGCUACACAGACUUCCACAUCGAUUUUGGGGGAACAUCUGUUUGGUAUCAUGUAUUCAAGGGACAGAAAGUGUUUUGGCUCGUGCCUCCAACCCCUCAUAACCUUGCCCUUUAUGAGGACUGGGUCCUGUCGGGCAAGCAGAGCGAUAUCUUCCUGGGAGACCGAGCUGAUGGAUGCCAGAGAGUGGAGCUUAAGCAAGGAUACACCUUCUUCAUCCCAUCUGGAUGGAUUCAUGCUGUCUACACUCCAGAGGACACGCUGGUGUUCGGAGGCAAUAUUCUGCACAGCUUCAAUAUUCCUAUGCAGCUUACCAUCCAUGAGAUAGAGAACAGGACUAAGGUUAAUUCCAAGUUUCGUUUCCCCUUCUACUAUGAGAUAUGCUGGUAUGUCCUGGAGAGAUACCUGCACUGCCUCACCAAACGCUCCUAUUACUCUCAGGAGAUCCGCAAAGAGGCUGUACUAACGGACUAUGAGACAAAGGCAAACACAGGGAGCCCCUCCUCUGACUCCAGGAGCCAGGACAUGAACGAGGAUUCCUGUGAGACUCACGUCAGGGAAGGCCAGGGUGAAAAACCAGAGAGAAGUGCCCCAGAUGGCCCCUGCUCUCCUGAUAACCGGAGGGGCCAACACCUCAAAGCUGUUUUAUCUGUUGACUCAGAGGACAGCUGUAAUCCCGGCUCCAUCUCUGUAGAGUUCCCCCAAACUCCCUCUGACUCUCCAGCCUCGGAGUCUCAGAAUAAAUGGACUCAUUUGACAGAGUUUGAACUGAGCGGACUCAGGACGCUGGUUGAGAAGCUGGAGUCGCUCCCUGAAAAUAAGAAAUGUGUUCCGGAGGGGAUCGAGAACCCACAAGCACUGCUGGACGACAUGAAGGUUGUCUUAAAAGAACAUGCCGAUGAUGACCCCAAAUUAGCGAUCACUGGAGUUCCUGUGGUGCACUGGCCCAAGAAAACUAUAAAGCCCCGGCCCCCCAACCGGCCGAAACCUAAGAUGGCAGCAUCGCCUGCAUCAGCAGUCAAGCUGUCAGCCAGUCGGGGAACAUCUGGUGCCAGGAGGAGAAGGACGCGCUGUCGGAAGUGCGAGGCAUGCCUGCGGACGGAGUGCGGAGAGUGCCACUUUUGUAAAGACAUGAAGAAGUUUGGUGGGCCGGGCCGAAUGAAACAGUCCUGCAUCAUGAGGCAGUGCAUUGCUCCUGUCCUGCCCCACACAGCAGUGUGUCUCGUCUGUGGAGAGGCAGGGAAAGAGGACACAGUGGAGGACGAGGAGGAGAAGUUUAACCUUAUGCUCAUGGAGUGCUCCAUCUGCAAUGAGAUUGUCCAUCCUAACUGUCUUAAGGUAAAAGAUUCAAACGGAGUCGUCAAUGAUGAGUUGCCAAACUGCUGGGAAUGCCCAAAGUGUAACCAUGCUGGGAAAACAGGGAAAGCCUCAAAGCAAAAAAGGGGGCCAGGAUUCAAGUAUGCAUCAAACCUUCCUGGCUCGCUGCUGAAAGAGCCACGGUUAAACCGAGAUUCAAAAGAGGAGCCCGACCCUCCGCUGGUGGCUACAGCAACCGUUACUGCUUUGACUACCACAACUGCUGUGAAGAGAAAGGCAGAGCGAGAAGAGAUCCCGAAGAGGAAAGAGGAAGAGCCUCCAAAGAAACGUCCCCCCUUGUUGUCUCUGGAUGGCACGCCCCGACUGAGGCUUGAGGACAACCCACUAAGGAAAAAGAGGAAACUUUUUGACACCAAUGAUGAGCCUGUCAUUGUGAAAAAGAAGAAGAAGCUUUCAAAACUGGAUGAUCCUUUGACGGCAAAGCUGCUGCGACACAUCAAGACAGAGAAUGAUCACGGUGAUGAAGAGGAUGACCAGGAGGAUCAUGAAGAAGAUGGGUUUUCCUUGGAUAGGAUUCAUCUAAAAGGGAAAAAUGAGUAUGAUGACGAAGACCAAGAGGAAGACGAGGAAGGAGAGGAAGAGGAGACAGUGAGAAAAGAGAGGGACAGCAGUGCGGAGGACAAAACCAAAGUCCUGUUAAGUCCACUGCUAAGAACAUCCGCCGCUAGAGAAAGUGAACAGUCCUCUAACUCUCCCAGAGCUGGACCGAGCAGUGAAUCAGGAGAAGCUCAGGAGAGGAGCACUGUCCAUCACAAGGCCCGCCAUCAGCGUCGACGUCUCCCCAAUAAAGAGCUGAGCAAAGAGUUCAACCAGGAGAUGCCUAAGACUGAAGACUGUUUGUCCAACCCAAACCACGGCUCAUUGAAGACGGAGGACGGUCAGGCCAAUCACAAUCGACGACUGCUAAAAAAUGAGGACUCUGUGACCAAUCACAACCGUAAACCACUAAAAACAGAGGACUCGUCCACUAAUCAGAGCCGCAGAGUUCUAAAAGUGGAAGAAAGUUUGGCUAAUCAAAACAGACGCCCACUAAAAACAGAGGACAGCCUCGCCAAUCAGAACCACAGGCCUGUAAAAGCCGAGUCUGAGAACGAAGUAGAUGACCAAAAGCCAAGAUGGCCUCUUAAUAAUGGCAGCAGUGACCUUGGCGACUGGCUGCGACACAGGGGGCGCGAGGUGAACGAGACGCCACGUGGUUACUCGCCACUCGGCUGGAACAGAAGCACCCAGAUCACACCAAUAUGCCCUCGCCCGCUCCCCUGCAGGUCACCCCCAAAAUGCAUCCAAAUGGAGCGCCACGUGAUCCGGCCCCCUCCAAUCAGCCCCCCGCCGGACAGACUCCCGCUGAACGACGGCGAAGCGCACGUGAUGCGAAGAGAGAUGUGGAUGACAGUGUUCAGUCACUUGACACACAGAGAUCUUUGUGUGUGCAUGCGUGUGUGCAGGACCUGGAACAGAUGGUGCUGCGACAAGAGGCUUUGGAAGCACAUCAAUCUGAACCGCUGCAAGUCCAUCACACCUCUCAUGCUGAGCGGCAUCAUCCGGAGACAGCCGGUGGCUCUGGACCUCAGCUGGACCAACAUCUCCAAGAAACAACUCAGCUGGCUCAUCAACAGACUGCCAGGUCUGCGGGUGCUGCUGUUGUCAGGAUGCUCCUGGGUGGCGGUCUCUGCUCUUUGCACCUCCAGUUGUCCUCUUCUGCGUACUCUGGAUGUUCAGUGGGUCGAAGGACUGAAAGAUGCUCAGAUGAGGGACCUGCUGUCACCUCCCACAGAUAACAGGCCAGGUCAGUUGGACAACAGGAGUAAAUUGCGUAAUGUAGAGGAUCUGCGUCUGGCAGGCUUGGACAUCACAGACACGUCUCUGCGCCUUAUCAUCCGUUACAUGCCCUCGCUGUCCAAGCUGGACCUCAGCUACUGCAACCACGUCACUGACCAGUCCGUCAACAUCCUGACCGCUGCAGGGACGACCACACGAGACUCGCUCACUGACAUCAACCUGUCAGUCUGUAACAGGGUCACAGACCAGUCGCUGACCUAUUUCAAGCGCUGCGGGAGCAUAUGUCACAUCGACCUGCGAUACUGCAAACAGGUGACUAAGGAGGGAUGCGACCAGUUCAUUGCAGAAAUGUCUGUCAGCGUGCAGUUUGAACUGAUAGAGGAGAAACUGCUGCAGAAGAUCAGUUAGGAACAUACUGAGUGACGUUCACAAGUGGUAAAACUACUGUCCACAUGGAGGCAGCAGACGACUGUGUGUGUGUGGGUGCGUGCGUGCGUGCGUGCGUGUGUGGAGAACAUCGCUGUGUUUCAUUAACACCAGCGGACGACUGAACAGACACCAGGACGCCUCUGUGUCUGUGAAGCUGAUGUAAAGGGAAGCUGUGCUGCUAAGCCGGAAUGUAAAAAUGGAAAUCUUAUCCUGUGGAGGCAAUUUUGCAAAAAUGUUUUUUGUUGUUGUUUGCACCAGUUUAUAAGUUAUUUAUUUCUUUAUAUUGAUUGUUUAUGUACUGUAUCACGAUCUAUCUUUUGGUGUUUAUAGAUUAUUUUUUGUUUCAAUGCAGAGUUUAUCGCAUUAUAGAGUAAUAUUUUUGUAUCAGAAAGUGUUUCAUACAUUUAUGUGCAGUAUUGAUUGCACCACUGUACAGCAUCAUACCAUUGGGAAUUGAUAAUCAAUCGGCAUUACUUUUAAGCUCUUUAUUGUUGAGAGGCAAAGGUCUAAUGAUUUGUUGCUAAACUGUAGGAUGGUAGCUUGUGUUUGUGUGGGUGUUUUUUAUAUUUUAUUAUGAACGUCAGUGCCCUGUUUGUGUUCGGACAAAGGUACUGAACAUUUUGUUUUCCAUAUAAUGAAACCAUUUGCACUGAUACAGCAAAUAUGAAUACAUGAAUGUAUUCACACAAACACUAUAUAGUGUACAAAGCAUAUUUUUUCAACACUAAAAUGUUACUCUGCUAACAGCUUCUAGGGUUAUAUUAAGACAUAGCUGCACAGUCUCCAUCACUCUUUAGUAUUCUUGGUGCUUUGUGAAAGGAAGCGUUUUAGCUCUGCAUGCAGCAAAGAAACAUGUUUACACCACAGUCAAUAGAUUUAGUAACUGUGAAACAAUGUAACCAUGUGUUUACUCCUGUCAUUAGCUUAAUGCCAUAUGAUAAAAAAAAAAAAAAGACUCAGUGCUGAAUCGUGCAGAGAAUAAAGAAACAACAAAGUCCAGGAUUGAGAUGGUAAAUUUGCAUAAAUCUUUCAGUUGAUGCAGUUUAUUCCCCUUAAAAAGAUGUGUAAUAUGUUCACAUGGAAUCAGGGUAGUCGACAGACAUCUGCAAGCCUGUUGCACAGCAUUUCAUAAUGUUUCACACUGAUUCGAGGAAAUGCUUUUUAAUCCAGUAACCGUAGCAAAAUGUUGCACAACAUUUUGAGAUUGAAAUGAAAAAUUACUAGAAAAUACAUAAAAAAAAACAACAAAAAAAAUAUUUAAUGCAUUUUUAUUCCAUUCUUUGUUAACAAUAUGGUAUCACCACUGCAACAUAGUGUCAUGAUUGUUUUGUUUUUCCAUCUACCGCCUGCCUGAUUCCAUGUGAAAGCAGCAUGACUCAGGUUAAGAAAGGAAAUGUAUUUAUUUCAAAAGUCUCACCAGAGAUUUGAUUGUAGCAUAGUGAGCAGGAUAGUAUUAUGUUUCCACGGGCAGAGGUUAAUAUAGUUUUUUUGUUUCUUUUAAAUUUAAAGCCAGUAUUAGUAAAUAAAUACAGUAAAUUCAAGUCAAUCUCCAGACACAAUCUUCUGACCACAAGGUUGAGAAUUGCUGUCAUAAGAGCAAAUACACUUAAACAGGGGAUGAAAUAGGACCUCAGGCCCUGCAAAAAAAAAGCAUAUUUACUGAAAGAUUUGUGCAAACGUAAAGUGAAAAUGGGUUUUGUUUGUUCUUUUUUUUCUGAGUCAGAGGUUCCACUGAAAUAGACAUUCAUUAACAUUGACACUGGUAGUUUAUUUUAAAGUCAUUUGAAGUUUUAUUUUUUGUUAAAUGUCUGAAGAUUAAGUAUUUUACAACCUGUGGUAUCAGUCAGUAGCAUUUUCAAUUAUUGUUCUUUUAUCAUAAUAUUUAAAGUUAUAUAUAAAAAAAGGCUAAUUUUGCUAUUGGGACUUGCUUAAAAAAUGUCAGACUUGACAGUUUAAUUAUUUGAUAGGUUUACAUUUUUCUUGAAAACUAAACUUUUUUAAAGACAAAGACUUUGUGCAACUUUUAAUAGCACUUGGUACAGUUCAGUGGAUGGGUUUACAUUUGCUUUUUUAUUUUCAAACCACCAUGUCUCCAUUAAAUAUUUUAGUACAUUACUAUAAAUGUUUAGUCUGUACAUAGUGUACAUGUAAAGCUUCUAGGAAAAGUUAAGUCAACCUUUGAGAUAUUAAAUUCAUUUUAAAUACUGA